CACCAUGCUCGCUCGCAGUACCCGAAAUACCUUUAUUGCAGCCCCCGGUCGACCGUACAUAUGUCAAACAUGUCUGCGCCGAGCUAGACGAUCCCAAUUGGGCCCUGCGCACCCUCCUACACGAACCGCGAUUCGAUCUCUCCAAACUAAGAGCCAACCACCACCUCAAGAUGAUACCCCGUUUCGCAAGCUUCUGAAAGAUGCCGCAAAGCAACAGAAGAAAUAUAAUGGCGGCGCCUCUAGCGUAUUAAAGACACAAAACAAAGGCCAGGACCCACGGCUAGAGAAAUGGGAACUGACGAUCGGAAUCGAAGUACACGCCGAGCUGAACACAGCGCGGAAGCUCUUCUCGAGCGCUGCCACCUCUGUCAGUGAGGCACCGAACACGCAUGUUGCUCUCUUCGAUACUGCAUUUCCUGGAAGCCAGCCCAAUUUCCAGAAGGAAAGCCUCAUACCUGCCCUACGUGCCGCUAUAGCCUUCCAAUGUCAGAUCCAGCGCAAGAGCAGCUUCGACCGCAAGCACUACUUCUACCAAGAUCAGCCUUCCGGAUAUCAGAUCACUCAGUACUACGAGCCCUUUGCCACAGAUGGCAAACUCACACUGUACCCACAUGACUUCCCUCCUGGUGCCGCCCCAGAAUCAGGUCCUUUCGACAUUGGUAUCAAACAGAUACAGAUGGAGCAAGAUACCGCAAAAACUAUACAACAACCUCCUUCGACCCACCUACUCGACUUCAAUCGCGUCUCUCAUCCCCUCAUCGAAAUCAUCACCCUUCCUCAAAUCCACGAUCCUGUGGUUGCCGCCGUCGUUGUCCGUAAGAUACAAACUAUACUCAAAUCUAUCAAUGCUUGUACUGCCGGUAUGGAACUGGGAGGGCUGCGUGCUGAUAUCAAUGUCUCGGUUCGGGAACGUAAUGGGCAACAAUCGGAUGCUGUUCACUCAUACCAUGGCGUAACUGGCCUAGGGCAGCGAACCGAGAUCAAAAACCUGGCAAGCGUGAAAGCUGUUGAAGACGCUAUCGUCGCCGAACGUGACCGCCAAAUUGAAAUUCUCGAGAACGGGGGUGUUAUCGAGGGCGAGACCCGCGGUUGGACCCUCGGCAGCAAAUCGACUAAGCGCCUGAGAGGCAAAGAGGGUGAGAUCGACUACCGCUACAUGCCCGACCCAGACAUCCCGCCAGUUAUUAUUGGACAGGAUCUCGUCGAUCACCUGAAAGAGACCUUACCUAAACUGCCUGACAGAAAUGUUGAAACACUUGUACUCGAGUAUGGGCUUACGACUAAGGAUGCCCUCACUCUUCUCUUUCUUGACGAUGGCGAACGUUUGGACUACUUCAUUCAAGUGAUGGAGCCCCUUGUGGAGGAAACCUCCUUGCAAGAAGAAGAAGAUAUCCCCAAGUCCACGCUAGGCAAGAUGGCAGGAAAUUGGGUACUUAUGGAACUCGGAAGUCUACUUAAGGACGAGCCAUGGGAUGCGAACCGCGUACCCUACAAGUUCCUCGCUAGUAUUAUAUCGCACGUCCGGCGGAAGCAGAUAACGUCUCGAUCUGGCAAGCGUAUCCUAGCCAUGAAGUUUGAGGGCGACGAGCGACCUGUGGAAGAUAUCGUUGAUCAGGAGAGCUUGCACUUGAGACCGUUGUCUCGAGAGGAGUAUGUUGCGCUCGCGCAAUCGCUGCUCGACGAAAAACCGAACAUGGUCAAGGAUAUCAUCGAGAAAGGACAAAGCAAGAAGAUCAAGUGGUUCGUUGGACAAAUGAUGGCAAGGGGUGCGGCUGGUAGCGUGGAGGCUGAUACCGCGGAGGAGACGCUGAAAGAGCAACUACGAUUGAAAGAAUAGGUGUGUUAGUGCAUGACGCUGUGGUAAGCGGUGGAUACUCAAUGAAACAUAUCCCU